AUGUCUGCGCCUGGAUCUCCUUUGGAGCUCCUCCCCAAUGAGCUCCUAGACCAGAUUAUCUCUUACUUAAUCACAGAGCCACCGUCAUUUGGACAUUUAAACCAUGUACCCAGUCUGCAACUCACUGAAUCUACAACAAAAGACCUUAAACAUCUCGAACUGUGCUCACUACGCCUAUUUCAACUUGUUCGACCUCAACUGUUCACUCAUGUCCGGCUCAACCUUCACAAUGAACCGGACUUCCACUCUUUUAUGAUCAAUUCAAAUCUAUGUCAACAUGUGACAUCUCUCGUGGUGAUUGCGGAUGAAACCCCAGACCGUUGGAUCGAUCCAUUCUGGUGGCGCCGAGUCCUCCGCUAUCUAGAUCCUCUCCGUGUUCUAGUAAUAGGGCCGCCCGUCUUCAUUGGCAACACUCUAGCUAGUCCCAUCAAUGAUGGACAUCACUGGGCAUUUGAUAUGCCCCUGCAUAUUUUGUUUUUGGAGCGAGAGGGCAAACCUCGCAAUCCAUCCCAGUUGCCUGACCUGGAAAAUUGCACUAGUCUUCUAGCAUCACGAACAUGGACAUCGAUGACUUUUAACGAGUCAUCUUCCCUGAAAGCAUACAACCACUACGAGUACUUCCUUUCCUCUGUCCCAUCGGUUCUUGCAGAAUGGGGCACAAGUGGUGUACGUGGAUCAACCCGUUCGCUUCAACACCCAAUCGACCUGCCAAAUCUUUUACGCCGUCUCACAUACUUUUCCUACACAGCCGUGUUUCCGUUUUACAAUCACUCGCAAAUUGUGCUGGAUGCUAUUGUGAGGAUGCGUUGUCUGCAGCGCCUUGAUGUCCAGUUGGCCCCCCUUCAGGAUAAUCAUAUUACCGAGCUUGAACAACGAGGGUCCAUGGAUCCUAACGACCCAUGGAUGGAACUGGCAACCUCAUACUCUCUGAUUGGGUAUACUGUGAAUAGGUUGCCCUGCUUGAAAGAGUUCAGAAGUGGCGAUUUGCAUGUGAAGGCCAUACGACAGGAUCUACUGGCCGUCUUGGGGGAUGUCAUCGGGGAGGAGGGCUGGGUGCAUGACGGGCGUGGAGUGUGGAGGCGAAACUGA